UUUGUUGAGUUGUUCACACUCGGCCAUCUGAGUAGCUUGCAGUAAGAUCCUCCCCGCUGUAAGGUUGCUCACCUCUCCUGCAAUAAUGAAGGCUGGUCAUCAGAGUCUGCUCUUCUACUAUACCCUGUUGUCUGUCACCUUUUUGUGCCACGGUGACGACCGAUCCUUCAAUGACGACGGAAACCUCAUACUCCCCGAGUCCUACAGAAUCCCGUGGAUGGCGGCAAUUGAGGAUUUCCGCACCCUCUCUCUCAUCUCCAUCCCCGGGACCCAUGACAGCAUGGCCUCGCACGGAGGACCGGAGGCCAAAUGCCAGGCCUGGUCCCUGAAGGACCAACUCCGGGCCGGCAUUCGGUUCCUGGAUCUCAAGGUGUUUGGACUGGGGGACACCCUCUACGUCAUGCAUGGACUGAUCUACCAGCGCAGCACUCUGAAGGAAGUCCUGGACACCGUCCGGGGCUUCCUGUCAGAGUUUGAGAGCGAGGCCGUGCUCAUCAGAGUCCAGCCCGAGUCGUUUGAGAAGAGCACCGUCAACGAAAUGGUGCAGAGUCUCAUUGGCAACGACCAGAACGUCUGGGUGAACCCCGGGAUGCCAAACAUGGGUCAGGUCAGGGGGAAAAUUGUAUUUUUACAGAAGAGCACCUUCGCGCUAGGGAUUCCCUUCAUAGAUACAAACGGGAAAAGUGACGAAAAGGUUAGCAGCAUUAAAGAUAAAGACAACCGAAUAAUGAAGCAGCUGAACGAAGCCACCGAAGCGUAUGGUGGAGAUAAUGCUGUUGUGACUGACACCAGCGGCUCUGGCUUGGGUACUUUCUGGGGGAUGUUUCUGACUCCAAAGAGAGUGGCUGAAAGGAUAAACCCCUGGCUCAAUCAAUACCUGAGACAGUUUUAUCCUAAUCAACCGAGGCCGUGCAUGGGCAUCAUCGCUAUGGACUUCCCCAGCUUUGACCUCAUUCAAACUGUUAUCAACUUAAACCAGUGGUGAUUAUGUACCCGUGUUUGAGAAGUCGAGGGUCUGAAUCCAAAUGACAUGUUUCCUGAAUCUUGGAAAUAAAAAAAU